CGCAUCCCAGAUCCAGCGCCGCCGCUGCUGUCACAACAAGAGAAAGAGGAUAAUAACUUAUUAGUCCGCUGAAGAACAAUAACCCUCUCCGUACAGACUCCGAGCCGCUAACAAUUUAUUUCAAAAUGUCUGACAAAAGUGAGCUAAAAGCGGAGUUAGAAAGAAAGAAGCAACGUCUGGCCCAGAUCAGAGAGGAGAAGAAGAGGAAAGAGGAAGAACGCAAGAAAAAAGAGCUGGAUGGACGGAAGGAUGGAGCAUCUCCUCCACAGGAGGACUCUGAUCUGGAGAGGAAGAGGAGGGAGGCAGAGGCUCUGCUGCAGAGCAUGGGGAUCACAGAUGCAUCCAUGGUCCCCCCUCCCAUGUCCCCUUCUGCCAAAUCAGUGGGAACCCCCAGUGAGACGGGUAGCCAGGACUCCGGAGACGGCGGGACGGGCCCGAGGACUCUUCACUGGGACUCUGACCCUUCUACUCUACUGCUCCAUUCAGACUCUCAGCUCGGACGUGGCCCGCUGAAGUUGGGCAUGUCGAAGGUCACACAGGUUGACUUUCCUCCUAAAGAGAUGGUGUCGUACUCAAAAGAGACCCAGACACCCACACAGACUCAUCACAAAGAUGAUGAGGAGGAGGAGGAAGAUUUGGCUGUGAUGCAGCCUGUCCUGGAGCCUCAAGAGGAGAAAGACUCUCAGAAAGAAGAAGAUGAAGCGGCUCCUCAUGAGCUGACGGAGGAAGAGAAACAGCAGAUUCUUCACUCGGAGGAGUUUGUGACAUUCUUUGACCACAGCUCUCGUAUUAUGGAGCGCGCUCUGUCUGAGCAGGUGGAUGUGUUCUUCGACUACAGCGGACGAGACCUGCAGGAUAAAGAGGGGGAGUCUCAGGCUGGAGCCAAACUCUCGCUGAACAGACAGUUUGCGGACGAGCGCUGGUCUAAACACCGAGUGGUCACCUGUCUCGACUGGUCUCCGCAGUACCCUGAGCUGCUGGUGGCUUCAUACUGCAGUAACGAAGAAGCUCCACACGAGCCGGACGGCGUUGCUCUCGUCUGGAACAUGAAAUAUAAGAAAACCACACCAGAAUAUGUCUUCCACUGCCAGUCUGCAGUGAUGUCAGCAGCGUUUGCGCAGUUUCAUCCUAAUCUUGUGGUUGGAGGCACAUACUCGGGUCAGAUCGUCCUGUGGGACAACCGGAGUAACAAACGCACCCCAGUGCAGAGGACCCCUCUCUCAGCCUCGGCUCAUACGCACCCGGUGUACUGUGUGAAUGUGGUGGGGACGCAGAACGCACACAAUCUCAUCAGCAUCUCCACUGAUGGCAAGAUGUGCUCCUGGAGUCUAGACAUGCUGUCUACACCACAGGACAGCCUGGAGCUCGUCUUCAAGCAGUCCAAGUCAGUAGCUGUGACCUCCAUGUCGUUUCCUCUGGGUGACGUCAAUAACUUUGUGGUGGGCAGUGAGGACGGAUCUGUCUACACUGCAUGUCGACAUGGCAGUAAAGCGGGCAUCAGUGAAAUGUUCGAGGGUCAUCACGGACCAAUCACAGGCCUGGACUGCCACACAGCAGCAGGACCGGUCGACUUCUCGCACCUGUUCGUCACUUCCUCUUUCGACUGGACCGUUAAACUCUGGAGCACAAAGAACAACAAGCCUCUGUACUCUUUCGAGGAUAACUCCGAUUAUGUGUAUGAUGUGAUGUGGUCUCCUACACACCCUGCUCUGUUCGCAUGUGUGGACGGUGUUGGACAUUUAGACUUGUGGAACCUCAACAAUGAAACUGAGGUUCCCGCGGCCAGCGUGACCGUGGAAGGAAACCCGGCGCUGAACCGCGUGCGUUGGGCUCAUUCGGGACGAGAGGUGGCUGUCGGAGACUCUGAGGGUCAGCUGCACAUUUAUGAUGUCGGAGAGCAAAUCUCGGUGCCGCGGCAGGACGAGUGGACUCGGUUUGUGCGAACGCUCACCGAGAUCAACGAGAACCGCGAGGACGUAGAGGAACUGGCUGCUCAGCGAUUGGCUGCAUGAUCACCAUAGCAAGCCCCCGGUGACCAAUGACGUUUCCUCUGCAUUUGCAUAACUCCACCCUCUCUGAAGUUAUAUUUAGUGUUACUGGAUGACAAUCUAGGGCUCUUUUAAUUCUGAAGGUGAAAUGUUUUCAGAGUGCAAGACUUUGCUACCAAUAAUUGAAGCACUUAGUCAAAUUUGGGAGUAAAAUUCAUACUGGGAUGGGACGGUUAAUGUAGAUUAUAUAAAAUGGGAAUUAUGCCUUUUUAAAAAUCUAUUUAUAGGAUUAGAGGUUUAUUUGAAGGGCGAUUCGUUCAUUAAUGCUAUGAAUAUGCAAGCAGUUGUACAGGAUCUUUAUAAACACUGACGCAACCUAGAAUAACUGGGGUUUUUUAGGAGGUGGAAUAUUUUUAACAUUCAAACCUGAACAUUAUUGGAUUAUUUAUAGCUUUUUAAUGAAUACUUUUCAUUUUGCUCAUAGUGACUGAAGGUGUUUGUAAAACACAGAGCACACUUUCCAACAUCUAACUCCGUUUUUACUUCUGAAUGCCUUAAAGUAAACCUUAUAACAUACACAUACACACACGUAUCCGCAAUCUUCCACCACAAAUGCAUUAUAGCCUAUUGGUGCUUAUUUAUUCCGGCGCUUUUGCCUUUUGUUGUUUAUUAUUCUGAGAAUAAGUGAUGAUUUGAUUAGCACUUCAAACAUCUCCCUGAAUAUUUAAUUAUAUUAGUGAUAUAAUUUACAUUUAUUUUACUAAUAUAUUGUUUCCUGAAAAGUUUAACCAAGUAGUGACUUGUCCAUAUCUGCAACCUGUGAUAUUUAUAUACACUCACCGGCCACUUUAUUAGGUACAUCUGUCCAACUGCCCACCAUGUUAUAAAGCACCAAUCAUCUCAGACUGGUUUCUUGAACAUGACAACGAGUUCACUGAACUCAAAUGGCCUCCACAGUCACCAGAUCUCAAUCCAAAAGAGCACUUUUGGGAUGUGCUGGAACAGGAGAUUCGCAUCAUGGAUGUGCAGCCGACAAAUCUGCAGCAACGGCGUGAUGCUAUCAUGACAAUAUGGAGCAAAAUCUCAGGAAUUUUCCAGUACCUUGUUCAAUCUAUGCCAUGAAGGAUUAAGGCAGUUCUGAAGGCACAAGGGGUCCCUAAUAAAGUGGCCGGCGAGUGUAUAUUUCACAUUUUAAAUGCGUAAAUUUACCCAAUCGUAAUUUGAAUUACGUCUCUUUUAGAAAUCUUACACUUUAUCUGCUCUGUGGAUUUUAUUAGUAUUUAUCUAAUGUAUGUAUGUAUUUUUCUUUAAGUUGUAUAAAUAACUAAUUAAUUAGUGCAACAUGAAAACUCGAUACGGCUUGUUUUUUAAUUUAAUUCAUCUUAGGAAAUAAAUUGGCAAUUAUGAUGUUUUAAAUAAAUACAUUAAAUCUAAACUUACAAUACAAUGGUUCGGAACUCCUAAUAUAUAUAUGCACUUGAUGAAAACAACAAACAAGUGUCGAACGUCAAACCAGCCUUAAACGAGACUCAUAAUCUGAACCAAAGCGCUUGUGUUUUUGAUUGUUUCCUUCCUUUAAGCAUCGUUUUCUUGUUUUCGGAGUUGUGAAAUGUAAGAAAGUGCUAUACAUUUACCUCUGUAUCUGAACAAACAUUCAUCAGGGUCAACAAAACAAAGUCAGACACAUCAGGAAUUUUAAAACACACAUGUUUACAAUUGCAGGAUGAGCUCAAUAAAGCAGAUUUCUUUAGUUUGUGCUCAGGAUGAGGAGCUUGAGACUCUUUAAAGCGGUCGUCUGUUAUUUGUUCAGUGUAUUGCUGUUUGAGCAUGAAAGAAAAUCUCUGCAAAGUCACUCCAAAUGACACUAUUGACUAUAUUAGUAAGAGUUUCUGAACUCCAAAUGCUUUCUUUGUAGUUUUCUCCUCUGGAAACAAAUGUCACAGCAUCACAAAUGAUAAAUAAUAAGCAUUAUGCAAAAUUAACUUUAACUUGGGGUUUGAAUACUGAUGUGUGUAAAGAGCCAGUCCAUAAUGGAAAAAUGUCAAAAAUUCACAUCAGACAUUUACACUUAUUAGCCAUUUAACUUGCAUCUUAAAGUGUUAGUUCAGCCAAAUAUGAAAAUCAUGUUAUUAUUUACUUUCACGAUCCCCUUGUGUCGUAGCAAACUUCUGAGGCCCUUAUUCAUCUUCAGAACACAAAUUAGGAUAUUUCAGGUGAAAUCUGAGAGCUCCUUCAUCCUCCAUAUAUGAGAUAUAUCCAGCUGCAGACCCGCAGAACCACACUCGUUUCAGGCACACACAAUCUAGGCAAACCAUAUAUGGUAACUACCUAACUCCUUAAGAGCAUUAUCGCCACCUAUUGAAUUUCACAAAUAUGAUUUCCCAUUUCAGACAUUAUAGUAUUAUUAUAUCAUAAUGAUGAUUUUUAACAUGUCCACAGACACAAAGAAAACAUAAUAUACAGUCUAAUUGUAGGAUUAAGUGUAAUAAACUAAUUCAGGAUCUUAAUAUUUUCAUACUUGGUUAAAAAUCGCUUUGUAAAUAAAAAGCAAACAAUAAUGUGUCACCUUAAA